UGGUCCUCGCGCAGCAUCGCUUUACACCGCGAUUGGCCUCCCGUCCGUCCUCGCGCGUCCUCCGUUCGCCGACUGUUCUCGUCCUCAGUCGCCGAGCGCGCGUCCCCCGAGCCGGUUCGAACGUUCGCGCGCGACGACGAGCGAGAGUCCGCGAAUCGGUGCGAACCCGAGUGCGCGUCGGCCAAUCGCGUGGCUGGGAUCGAAGGGUCCAACGGAAAGAAGGUCUCUCGUCGAGGUCCGCGCUCUCGGCCGCGUCGCCCCUGCGCCCUUCGACUCGCGAGCGGACCAAUCAGCGACGAGGUGCCCCUCGGUCGACCAAUCGGAAGCCAGGAAAUCGGUUACCCAGCUAACCUAGGAAGUGGAACUUCGGGAGAAUCGAUCCUCCCGCUCGUGGAUCUCCGUCGGCCAACCUGCGGCCCUUCAACGCAACGGUACUCAAUGAGAAUGAUUCCGCUGGUCUUUCUCCUCGCCCUGACGAGCUCCGGAUGCUGGGGCCACGCGGUCUCCCAGGAUGCCACCAGGGACGAGGACCUGGCCCGACAUUACGGCACUCGGUUCUCCAUAUUCGACGAGCCCUACAACAUCGACUUCAAGUAUCACAACUACGACGAGAUGAGCCGCUUCCUCAGGACCACAUCCCUGCGCUUUCAGAAUCUCACUGCCCUCUACUCCAUAGGAAAGUCCGUGAAAGGCAGAGAUCUCUGGGUGAUGGUGGUGUCUUCCUCGCCAUAUGAGCACAUGAUCGGCAAACCUGACGUCAAGUAUGUCGCCAACAUACACGGAAACGAGGCCGUCGGUCGCGAGCUGAUGCUACAUAUGAUCCACAUGCUGGUUACCAAGUACGGGUCCGAUCAGUACAUCACCUGGCUAUUGGACAACACCAGGAUACACGUUCUUCCGUCCAUGAAUCCCGAUGGCUUCGAGGUGUCCAAGGAAGGCUACUGCGAAGGUGGCCAGGGAAGGUACAACGCUCGAGGCUUCGACCUGAAUCGCAAUUUCCCGGAUUACUUCAAGCAGAACAACAAGAAGAGCCAGCCGGAAACGGAGGCGGUCAAAGAGUGGGUCUCGAAAAUCCAAUUCGUCCUUUCUGGGAGCCUCCACGGCGGCGCCCUGGUCGCCAGCUACCCCUUCGACAAUACACCGAAUUCCCUGUUUCAGAGCUACUCGUCGACGCCGAGCGUCUCCCCUGACGACGACGUGUUCCGGCACCUGUCCCUGACGUACUCUCAGAAUCACGGGUCCAUGUACCGAGGAGAGGCAUGCUCUUCGUCCCAGCCAGGAUUCAAGGAUGGAAUCACGAAUGGCGCCGAAUGGUACCCUCUCACGGGAGGGAUGCAGGACUUCAAUUACGUCUGGAACGGGUGCAUGGAAAUCACCCUGGAGCUGUCUUGCUGCAAAUAUCCUCCGGCUGAAGACCUUCCUUACUACUGGGAGGAGAACCGACUGUCGCUCAUCAAGUUCCUGGCCGAGGCGCACAGAGGCGUGCACGGAUUCGUGAUCGACGAGAACGGCAAUCCCGUCGAGAGGGCCUCCGUCAAGGUGAAAAACCGUGACAUCAGCUUCCUGAGCACGAAGUACGGAGAAUUCUGGAGGAUACUUCUACCUGGACUCUACAAGCUCGAGGUCUACGCCAAUGGAUAUGCCCCCCGAGAGGUCGAGUUCAUGGUUGUCGAGCAACAUCCCACCUUGCUGAACGUGACAUUGCACGCCACCAGGAGACAAGAAGACGGCGGAGACGGACCAGGACCGUUCAAUGGCAACUUUCCAAUGCGACCUUAUCCUCAUCGAGACUACACUCUUCACUUCAGGCCAAGUUCCGGAACGAACACUGCCGCCGUUGGAAACAAUGGCAUCUUCUCCUCGAUCAGCAACGGUUUCAACUCGCUGGUGACGAACCUUUUCGGCUGAUCCCUCGUUUGCGGCCCAUCGGGCCGUUGCUUCAUCCUCCUCGUCGUGGUGGCCUCCUUGUCCGGCUUCCUCAGGCUACGCAGAUUAUUUUCGACCUUAAUCGGGAUCAUCCUCUGAAUGACAAAGACGUCGAAAGGUCCCGUCCUCGAUUUUCGAGACCCUGAAGAACUGCCUGCCGCCCGAGAAGAUGUCCUCGGCACGUCCUGCGCGGGAGAUCUCGAUUGCGCUGCGUCAUAUUUUUAUUUUUAUAAUUUAUAAUCUAUAAUUUAUAAUCCAAAGCCGAGAGGAUAGAUAAAGCACGGGAGGGGAUUAAGAAUCCCGUAAAACGAAAACCGCUCCGACCAAGUAGCUGGGAUAGAUUGAUUAUAAAUAAAUUAAAUUAACUAGGGCUGUCCUUAGCCGUAGAUUAAGCUAUACGUGGAAGCUUUAAAUGGGGAGACAACCCAAAGAUCCAGAGAGCCGAUAUUUUCAUUGAUACCGCGAUACGUGUUACCUGCAACUUGGCUGGCGAGGAGAGCUCCGUUUAGGGUGCUUUUAACUGCAAUUGUAUUUUAACGCGAGUCGCGACGACAAAGGAAGCACCUUUCCCGAGGCGAGGACAAUGCUUGCUCAAAUUCUGCAUCGCAAAUCGCUGGCGGGUAUUCUAGCCGACGUGGGUCGACUAUUUUCCUUUGCGAGACACCGAAUGAAUGUUCAUAGGUAGUUCGCGAUUUAGUCUACUAUGGACCGGAAGUCGCAUUUAAAUACACUCGAAGAGUGCGCAUAAACUCGGAUUAGUCGCGUUUAAUAGCAUCUUAACAAGCGGAGCGUACAGUGCAUAAUACGUGUCGAUUGUUAUACAAAUGUUAAAGAAAUAUUAUGAAUCGUUCAGACGUCGCGGUCUGUUGUUACGACGAUCGUUAUAGUGCUGUUAACGCACACGAGAUAAUAGAGUUGUAUAGAGAUCACUGUGAGGUUGUUAACUGUAAUCACUUAUUUUUUCACUAACACACCGACGUCGUCCAUAGUUGCGCGGCUACUCGCCUUUUUAUAGGGAACGACCGACUGUAUAACUUGAAUUAUUACCGCUUCGCAUAACGGGUCCACCUGAGAGUCUCCCUGCCAUUAUUGUCCGAUUGUUGAAAUAAAGGAUGUUUAUUAGCGUUGA